AUGGCGGCGUCUGUAGGAGAAAAGAAAAAGAAAGAGAGAGAAAUGGGUGAAUUGCGUGUUCCUGCAGCAACAGCAGCCGACGCGCCAAAUCUCGUUCUUCUCUCCCAUUUUUGGUGGUAGAGGAGGCGGUUUCGUUUAACUGGAAGGAACGGUGAAUCAUUUCAUCCCUCUUUCGAGAAGGAGAGAUUCCUCACUUUCUUCUUCUUUUUUUUGGCUUCUGUACGAUUAUCAUUAUAGACUCAGAAUUCAUCAAUUCCUCGAGGCAGACAGCUUUUUUCCAGUCAUUUCAUAUAUUUAAAUAUCUCAGAAAGCUUUUAUAAAUGGACUAUAUACCUUGAGACGUUCCUGUUCAGCCUCUUGAAUAAAUAAAACAUUCAGCUACAGUUUUUUGUUUGUCUAGUUCUUUCCUCCGCAUCUCAAAAUAAAUUGUAUUAAACUUUUGAUCCCCUUGAAAAUAUCCAAAUAAGCUUUUUUCUCCAACCCGUACCAAUUUUCAAAAAAUAUCAGAUGGAUUUGAACUGAAAGGUCUCCUUAAACCACUUGGCCAUAGAAAAUGAAAAAGAUAUCUAAAUCAUUUUCAAAUUUUGAGGAUUUUUUCCGACUACAACGGAUCUCUUUCAAUCGCACAAAACGUACUUGGAGCACAACUGCAAGUUUUUUUUUUCACAAUGAGAAGAUUCAUAAAAAGCCAAUUUCGUCAAAAACCUUUCUUUACUGGCUAGGAGUUAUUUCUAAGUUUAUGGACAUCAUGAAAAUUUUUAAUUAGCAUGAAAGCUUUUGCGCUAUUCAAAAAUAGCAAGUUUUAAGAGCUUUUAAAAGAUAUUUUCCUUAUCUUUCCAACAAAAUUUUAACCAAUUAUCAGUCUCAACCAGCCAAUUGACCCUUUUUGAUCCCUUUACCGCGUUGAACCCGAAUCAAUAUACAUCGAUGCAAUCCGUCGAUAAGCGCAGGUCGCUCCGCCUUUGCCGCAAAUCUCGCAUCGGGGUCACUCUUCGGAACGUCGUCGCCAGCCGAGAUGGAGGACUGCAGCGAGGUGCGGCACCGGAAGCCGGCCUCCUCCGCAGAAGUCGUCGACGUCAACGACGUGCUUCUUCGGCUGAAGAAGUCGCAGGCGGCGUCCGUCGCGCUCACCGUCCUCGACGUCAUCUUCUCCCGCUUCACCUACAUCCUCUUCUACUCGUUCUGGUUCCUCUUCGGUUGCCUGGUCCUGCGGAAGACGCAGAACGCCAUCGCCGCCGUCCGAUAUGUGAAGAGCAACAGCGAGACAGUCUCGCAGCGGCUCAUCGAAGGCUCCUUGGAGUUCGAGGAUCUCAUCGACCAGCUCGACCGGCACUUCACCAAGCCGCCAGCCUUCUUGCUUCUCAACCAAUACGCGCUGAACAUGACCGACAACUUCCUGUGCAACACGGCGACCCUUGACGGCGUUCAUGAGCGUCUGAUUUUCGUCACACUCGACACGGUUGCCAGGGACAAGCUCCGAGCUCGAUGGCCCAACAUCCGACAGUUCCACUGGCCUACCCCUUCCUUAUAUGUGAGUUUUCUUUUUUUAAUGAAAUUACCGCGAAAAAUGUAUUAUAAUUAAGUUGAUAUUCUUCUAAUUACAUUCACGAUUAAUGCAUAAGUCUUGCCAAAUGGUUUGAAAGGGAAAAGAAAAACAAACAAAAAAAAUUUGAAAAACUUGUUGAACCACCUAAAAGAUUCUUCGAAAUUUCAUAUGGAUAAAACGAGUGUGCUCUCAUUUUUGUUUUAGGAUAAUUUAAUCACUAGAAAGAUUUUUUUUAGACCAUAAAGAAAAAUGUUUAACAACUCCAAUUUCAAAACAUCGUUUUAACAUAUUUCGUUCACUUUUUUUGCAAUAAUAAUUUCUUCUCACAAUCUUUUUGACUAUUUUUUUCAUUGUAAGAUUUUUUUGAGAAUUUUUCGUAGUUAAUUUCUGAAAUUUGUAACUUCAACUGGAUUAUUUCUCAUUAUUUUCCCCAUUUAUUCGGAAUUUUUAAAGCAGUAACUUUAAUGGAAAAAUGUAAAAAAAGAGUUUUUCCACUUCUUUGACCUUUUAAUCUUUUUGAUGGAAAAGAAAAGAAUCCAUUUCAAAAAGUACUCAUUCGCUCCACGGCGCGAUUCUUGGCCAUUUUAGUGGCAAUGAGACUAUAAAAAAGUGUGUAACAGUGGUUCGGCAAGUUUUUAUUUAUAGCCCACUUCUUUCUUUCAACUGUAUUUCAUAACUUCCUUAUGAAGAUUCGAAAAGGUCCCCCUUUUCAAAUAUUUUUCUCGGCUUCAAAGCUUAAAAAUUUCGUAGUACUGAAGAAUAUUAACUUAAAAAUCGUCAAAAAAACUAGCAAUUUUUCCAACAUCAUAAUUUAAUUUCAGCAGUUUUCAUGAUUCCAAUUGAAAAAAACUCUCAAAAAAAGGAAGAUUUUUUUCCGUACUAUCAGAAAAAAGUUAUCCUUUCGGAAUUUGACCUUUCGAAUUUCGAGUCGAAUCGGGAGAAUUUCCAAAAUCAGCAAGUGCAAUCGGCGAAAAAGGUCAUCCCUGCGAAGUAAUUUGGGGCCCGAUUUCGGCCUCGAGUUUUGUUUGACCUACUUCAAACAAUUCUUGAUUUUAUUGGAGAAAAAAAUUCAAGAAAUGUCAAUAUUUAUCCAGUGCAAAGUUUAUCUUGAAAAUCAAUAAUUUUUUUCCAGAAGCCUUUUUCUUUUGCCGAAGGUCCCUACCAGACAAUCUACCUGUUGAGAUCUAACCUGGCCGCCUGUCUUAUUCGAAGGUUUUCAUUUUUACACUUUAUUUCUAGAUUUCCAGAUUUAGGUUAAGAAAAAUGAAUAAAUUUAUAAUUAAAUAAAGCCUAGUCUGUUAAUUCUUCAAAAAUAUUCACGUAGCGAUUCUAUUGCCAUAAACUUGAUUUUUGAAAAUUUCAAAAGGCAAAUUUUGAAAAUGGACAUUGAAGACUUCGCAACAGUCAAACUUAAGAGAAAAACGUCCUUUUUUUUUAAAGAAGCUCCUUAAAGGUCUCGAAGCUAAGAUCCAUUUUCGAAUUCUUUCUGCAAAAUUCUUGAUUUGUGCACUGUUGGAUACCCUAGCAGGGAUUUUUGAAUCAACGAAUAAAUUCUAGAAAUUCUCUUUUUUCUCGAAAUGAUCACCAAUUUUUGAAAUUCAGAAAGAAUAAGAAACCUAAUGGGAAGUUUGCAGAGGAAAGUCGUUCUGGAUGAUGCAGCAGGACACUUUUUGGCGCCGGAAUCUUUUCGACCUGGACCUCGAGUCGGACAUGUCCUACGACGCGAUUUUCGAUCAACUCGGCGAGGGAGAUCACUCGAUGCGCGCCGAGUGGGUCAACGGUCGGUAUUUCUGAAAAUUUUAGAAAAUUAAAUGAAGAUUUUCUAGAGGAACGAGCUUGAAACAAUUAUAAUUUCAAAUAAUAUCACCUUUUUUUCUUGAGAAUAUUUAACAAAAAGCAAUCUUGAGAAGGUGUUGAGACGCUUCUGCUUUUAGUUUCUUGGAAGCUUUCUAAGUGUACGGAUCAGGGAUGAACGAGACGAGGUUUUUUUCGAUCUCGAGACGAGAUCGAGACAUUUUGAAAUAAAAAAAUACAGAGUACAAUAUCAAAAUAAAACUUAAUAACGGCCAAAUUUUAAAAAAAUGUGCAAAAAAACUUCUUUUUAUUCAGAGAUGUUCAAAUUUUGACCGAGACGAGAUCGUGUCUCGUGCAUCCCUGGUACUGAUUAUCUUCCCAACCCCUUCCAAGGACUUGCUUGACAGAGCAUUUUCAAGACAAAAAAAGUCGUUUUUCAAAAAUAUUUUGUAAAUUGAUAAAAACUUCAUCGAAACAACCAAGCCCAGUAAAAUUUCACAAUUAUAAUCUUAAAAAAUUUGCCUCUAUCCAAUUUCAUUAUCCACCUUUUUUUAAUUCGAUUUUUCAAAAAUUCCAGGCGCCAACUUCUUCAUCCGCGCCAACAACGACACGCUGCAGUUUUUCGAGCGACUUUCUGAGAAAUUGGCCCAUUGGUACACUCCGGAUAUGGGGGUCAUGAUCCAUCAAUGUCACACCUGGGGCUCGCCUCGCUGCGCCUACAUUCCUCACAAGUGAGCUUCACUGACCUUUUUUCUAACAUUUUUUGCUACUGAAAGGUUGCGUGGAUUCAGUGGACAAUCUUGGAGACUUUUUCUAGGCUUUCUGUUAGAAUUUAGACGGUUCACAACAGCUUUGAUCGCAAAGGGGCGUGGCAUGUCACCACCAACCAGGCGCUGUCUUUAAUUUUAUCGUGCCAAGACCUUUUUUUUCGAUGGCUCAAGCCAGCCCUGAAUCAGAUCUAUCCUUCUUACUGUUUUCAUAAGCGCCAAGGUUUCAAAAAGCUCAAACCGUCAUUUCUCAAUCUCACGAAAUCAAUUUUCCAGCAUCGCCUACUCCUGGGAAUGGAUGUACACGGCGCAGAAGAACCCGCCCUACAUUAUGCAGCUUGAUUGUGAGACGGACGGAGGCUCGAAACUCAUGCAACUCGGCAAAUUCGGUUUCCACUUUGUGGACAACAACGGCACAUGUGAUUUCAAUAAGGUUUUUUUGAUUAUCUCAUGUUAUUAGAGUCAUAUUGGGGUUCUUGUUCCUUUAUUUCCCGCUCUUUUUUCGAAUUAUAGUCCAAAAAGUGAAGCUUUAAAUCUCAACGGAGAAGCGAAAAAAAAAAAAUAGGCUCAUAAUCAUGCUCCAUUUUUUCUCCACGGAUCAAUCUAGUCUUUGAAUUUUCUUUUUCUCGGACCUCGGUAACGAAAACCGGACGUUUCUGAGCAAUCCUAGGGAUCAAUUAAGAGAGCUGACAGCGCUAAAGUGGUCACUAGAAAUGCUCCGACACGUCCGGGGCGCGUCCAGUUCAGGUUACCGAGUUGUUUUUUUAAAAUGACAGAAUUUUAGAAUAUUCCACCUUCGACUGAAACGACAUUUUUUUUUUUUGAAGUACCUUCUGCAAGCCUCUUAUGAAAAUUCCCCAAGUCAAUCGAUAAAAUUCAGGUGGAGCUAGCGCGACAACGAAUGGAGAACGGCAGCGUGGAGGUCCGACGCGCGUUUCCUUCCUGGGGUCGGCUGCAGUUCAAGGCCUACUGGUACAUCGUCGACUACAUCCUCUGGACGCCGAUCAUCGGACCUUACCUGAAGCCGUACCUGCCGCUGGUCGGCUACAUCUUAAUGAUCACCAUGUGA